GAUUUACAAGGCUGUUCAUCAGGUUGUUCGCGCCUUGAGCAUUGGGAUUAGGAAGAAUUAUUACGGGAGGAACCCGAGAGCUGUUCAAAGGGGCAGUGGCGAUGAUGAGAUUGAGAUGGCACAAGAUGAAGAAGCGCAUGAAGGGGAGGCAGGUGAUGAUACUGAUUCUGAGGAAGGUGUUAUGGUGCUCGAUGAGGACGAGAGAUAUGCACAAUGGGAACAAGAGGAAGAGAAGAUGAGGGUGAUUCUGGCAUCUGCGGACCGGGAGAAUCAGGACGAUGAUACAGUGGAGGAGGGUAUGGAUGCGGAGCCUAUCGAGCUUGAAGACCUGCUUGGUUUGAUGAAGGUAUGACCCUGAGUAUUCUCUGUUGUGGUUUCUGGUAUUUUAGAAUCUAACGACUAUCUGCUAUAGCCCGAGAUGUUUGCCAAUUUCCCCAAUUUGGAUGAUGAGUAUUUCGAUUGGGAUGAAAUCUUGGACCCCAGCAGCCCAGAACCGGUGCGUUCCCUUGCCCUCUCACACCAUUCCUGUCUAUCACUGGGGAGUGUUGAGGCUAAAUAUUUGAGUCUAGGUUGCCCGCCUUCUCUUCUUGCUUUCUUAGCUUAGAAUCAAUACUGUUCCGCUUUUAUUCUGCACUUUAUGUGGCACUUAUUCUAAUAGGAACUGAGUAGAUCGGGGCAUGGAGCUGUGCCUGCCGAGUAUCCCAGACAAAAGAGCUCAAUAGAAAUAAAUAAGCUGUUUCUGUAUCUCUAGCUGAAUCCAAUAAAUUUUUCACUUUUUAAUUGUCUGUGGAGUUUCCUUGGAAAACAAAUAGUGUCC